AUGUUGCACUUUCGUGCGGUUAAGGCGUCGGUGUGGGAUGGGGGUGAUGAGGCGACGUGUGCGGCUCUUCCACUGGCAUGGCGCCACGCGUCACGCACGCCAUCGUCCUCCUGCCCACCGCAAUCCACUUCUGCAGGGCACGGGCUGGAGGUUGCUCCUGGCGUUUAUGAGCGGCUUGUGGGGAUUGAGUUCAUUGGCUCUUGCUACACCUCGGGUUCACUGCAGGAGACGGUGUUGACGUUCCGUAGCUCCGAGGGAAGGUGUGUGUUGGAUUCGGCGUUGGCGGCAACAGCAGCAACCUCGUCCUCAUCCUCAUCCUCAUCCUUUGCCACCGGCGAGAUUGACGUGUGUGACGGCGGCGGCGGCGGCGGCCGUGGUGGUGGGGCGACGUUGUCAGUGGUGUACUUCAUGACUCUUCUUGUGGCCUCCUGCAAUGGAAGUGACACCUCCAUUGAGGCGGUACGCUGUGCGUUCUGCGGUGCGGAGGAUGAUCGAGCUGCGCCGGAGGCGUACGCGGCAGACACGGCGCCGCCGUCGCCUUGCACGUUGGAGGAGGCGCUCAUGGACCGGGAGCCGGACCUUCUGCUGCAGUACCUGUGGGACUUGCUGCAGAGUGGCACCUGCCCGCUGGAGCAGGAUACGGAGGGGAGUUUCCUGUCCCCCACCGCGGCAUCCGCGUCGUACGCGCCCACAUCGUCAUCGUCGUUUCAACUCAUUGACCGCACGCCGCUGCUGCUCCGUGCGGGUGUGCUGGACGUCGUGCAGGCGAGUCUGACAACGCCGCCAUCGUGCAUGCCAACCUCGGCCCCACCGACCACGGCAGCGAUGACGCCGACGCGGAUGCGGCCGAAUGAGGCGAGUGGUCAUAGUUGUGCGGCUGGAGGGGCGAGAGGCGGCUCUUGUGAGGAGGCGGCGGCAGCGGGGACAGCGUACCACGGGUUGAUGUUGUCCUUUACGGAGCGCUUGGAGACGCGGACGGCGGUGGCGGCGAUGCCGGAGGGGGAGCGACACCACGAGCGACGCUCCUUUGCGAGUCUUCGACGCUUUCUGCAACGACGCACGGACGCCGCGGCUGCCGCCCCUCUGGCUGCUGCCACAGAUGAGGCAUGCGACAUGGCUCCGUACCGCUACUUUGUGUGGCUGCACGUCGUUGGAACCGGCCUCUUUUACGAAGCUACUGUGACGGAAAAAAUAAGCGUCCCGCUCUCUGUUCACGUAGCGGGUCUCACAACGACCGCGGCGUCGAGCCGGUCGACGUCUACAACACGCUGCAGGGGUCUUGCGGGGGAGGCAGCGGCGCAGGGCCACGAGGAAGUGGGUAGCAAAGCAGAGAAGGAGGAGGAAAGGGAUCCACUUGGGCGAGCGACGACAUCCACGCCUGCGCCUCGACAGGCCUCCUUGCAAAGCGAUGUGCCGCCCGGCGAGGCAGGGGGGCUUACCGUUGUCUCGCUUCCAGCGAAUGCCUUCUUCCAGGCGGGGUAUUUCUUAAAGCGCAAGGCGACCGAUGCCACACAGCAGCGCGGCGAGCGAGGGGUCACCACCACGUUUUACUGGAUCUCCGCCUGCGACUACGCCAAGCAGGGCCUGCAGGUGAAGGAGGUGUCGUAUGUGCAGGAGGGAGACACGUCGUCUGGCGCGGGCGCGUUUCGUUUCAUUGGGUUUAAGGGUGAGUCGCGCCACCAGAAGCAACAGCACGCCCGUGGUCGCCAGGGCGGGCGUCCCACAUCGGCGCCCUUUGCCGUGGUCGAGCGGCGAACGCUGGAGGUACGGUCGGCCGCGCAGUGGAGCCUGGCCCAGUACCCAAAGUGGCACCACUGGGACCCUGUCACACAGCGGCUGUCGUUUUGGGCGGCCUUUCCGACGUACGACAAGCUUCGCAUCGUCGCCUUCCAUGGACACCCCGAUCAGCGCCGCUGCGAGUUUGAGAGGAAUAUUCCGCGGCGACGUCACACCUUUUCAUCUGCACCGUUUUCUGCCGCCGAUGCAUCACUGGCACGCCACGACGAUGUCGCAGAGGUGACGAGGAUGCCGAUGCCGCUCGUCGUGGAGCGCGGCUUUGGAGUGUCCGGUGCCCCAACUGACACUCCUCGCAGCGCGGUUCUCCGCAGCGGAGCCGUGUUGCUGGAGCCAUGGGGGACCGCCUGCUGCUCCGCUCUCUCGCGGAUGCACCUAACACUCGUGCCUGUGCAAUACGAAGAUGGGGCGCGGGACUCCAUACUGUGUGAGCAGAUCUUUCUUUCGUGCGAUGAGAGCCGCACCGCGGCCUCACGAGAAGCGCUGCAGCAAGGUAUUGACGUUUCCCAAUGCGUAUCGACAGGUGCUGUUAACGACACGGACGACCGACGUGACUGCAGCCGCACGCAGGAACAACUCUCAAUGACGGCGCAGUUGGGAGACGGCACGCACAUUGUAAGGUGUGUUGAACAUCCCCCUUCCGAUGCUCACAGGGAGGCCGGUGGGACAGUGGCAUCGGCGCCGCAGCCGCCACGUCCAGCGACGUGCACCGUCGCCGUGGUGGAGCCCGGUCCUCCCGCAAUACUCUGCACCAUCACGGCGCUCCGCAACUACGUGGAUGCAGUGAAGGUCACAAUUCCGCUCACGCCCGACGAACGCUGCCGCAUCACAUACGACACGCGUGUAUCAUUUUUAUUUAUUAAGGGCAUGAUUGCUAUCUACUUGCCCGGAGUGUGUGUGCACUACGUUGAUGUCCACCACAUGGAUACACCGCCGCGUUAUUUGUUUGGCGUCCGCCUGCAUCCCCCGGCCUAUGCAAGGAGUGAGGCUCUUUCGGCCGUGAUCGGCGUCGCUGCGACACCGGCACCACUGGUGUCGUACUUGCCGGUGCCGUUUGGCCGCUGGCUGUAUGUCCCUGGCACGGUGAUACUUUUUGAGGCCGCCCUUCACCCGUCCUCCGUGUGGCGAUUUAUACGGCGCUAUUUAAUACGCCGUCGAUUGUGUCGGGUGCGGGCGAGCGGGGUCCCUGCGGUGGGUGUUUCCGUCAUCACUCCACACGGCUGCGAAGGCGCAUGUGAGAGGUGUGAUCGUCCCUGUGAAGCAGGUGAUGGUAAUUCCCCUCGGGACUUUGCGUGGCAGCGCCUGGCACCGGUGGCGCCCACACCGUGCGACACACCAGCUGCUGUUGCCACCUUUCUUCAGCCUGCCCCGUUGCAUUUUGCGGUGCAUGUGGCUCUCACGCAUCUGCAGCCACUGCAGCAGCAGGGUGAAAACGACGUGAGCGUGGACUCACCACUGUCGUCUGCUCCACCACAGCGCUGUCGUGAACCUGCGCCGUCGUCGAGCGAAAGGUUCCACCCACCGGCGUCCGCGUCUUCACUUCAAGGCUGGGAAGAGAUAUGGGCGGCAAGGGAUGCGCAACUGGAGCGUGUCUUUGCUGCAUAUCUGUCCUCAGACAUGUGGCGAGACAUAUCUGUGGAGUUGCUCUCGGUGUUGGUACUCAGUGAGGCGUAUGCGCGUGUGCGUGCCGUGUGCUGCUGGCGUCCUGCACACAUCUGGAAGGAAGGCGCUGCGGAGGCCAGUAGCGUAAACGGAGACACCUCCGCCAGCACGGCAGCUGCGAUGGGACUGUGCAGUCCAUACUUUGUGUGCUUGCCCCUGUGGGAUCCCGCAGGCUUGGCGGCGGAAGAGACGCAGUAUCGUCGCGAAUUUGCCGCGUUUUAUCGUGCUUGGCGACUGCACCAGCAGCGGCAACGCCAGGAUGAGGAGGAAGAGGAGGAGGCGGGCAUGAUGCACAUGGUGUCUGAAAGUGGCAGCUUGCCCCACGGUGGCAUGAGCCCUGCGGCUACCCGUCAGCUUCAGGAAGGGAGCCCAGACACCGCGGCCGUGUCUCUCACACCAGCCUUGCCUCUGCCAAGAUCACCCCAAACAACAACAACAACAGGAGGAGGAAGGAUGACAACAACGCCGGCCGCCCAAUGCACGUUGUCGCCGGAGCGAAUGCCGCCCUGUCCAGGGCGGCAUGUCUCUCGCACAUUGUAUGCGCCCGUGAAAAGCGGCAAUGGGUUUUCACCUGAAACGACACUGCUUCCGGCGGCGCGGCGCGGCAACCGCGGCUUUACGCAGUCGCGCCCUUGCAUGGAGGGCGAUAAGAAGACAGCCGUCCUUUCUUCCUUGCUGGUCCACGCAGUGAGUUUUCGCGGCACGGCGGUGGUAAGGCAACAGUGCCACAACACCGUCCCUGAAUGGUGGUUGGUCCAUGGUGCUUGCAUGCAGCCGGCGCCGCCACGAUCGCCUCGUAUGGCACCGCAUUUGCUCCUCCUCUUCACCUCCCGCAACACCUUGGACGGUGACAUCGACAACGCACGAGGUACCUCGCUGCUUCAUCGCAUAAAAGGCGCCUUUAAGCACAGUCAGGGAAGCUGUCCUCCCAGCACGUCUGCCGCCUUGUCACGCUAUUCUUUUUCCUCCUCCUCGUUGGCUUCAAUGACGCCAGUGGGGCGUGUGUCACUACCUGCGUUUUCCGCAGCCUCCUUUACUGGUGCUGAAUCGUUUGCCGGUGGUACAAGUGAAGGCGUCAGCAGCAGCCGCAACUUCACAGGCUCGACUACUUUCGUGUCCUCUUCCGCCUUUCGUGUGUCUGCGGACUCAAGCACGCGACUGGGAAGGGGGGAGGGCGGCAGCCUCCCUGCCACAAACUUGGUGGCAACGGCGACACUUCCACAAACACAGUCGGCGACAUCCGUUGGAAGUGUGCCGCUUCACACCGGCGGUGCGUCGGUGUCCACCGCAGCACACUCUCCAUCAGUCUUUGUUUCACCCUUGAUAGACCGAGUGAGACAUACGCCUUUUGACGGACCCUCGUGUGGGACGGCGUUUGUGGAGGUGGUGCUGGCGCAGCUGCAGCUCUUGGUGAAGACAUCCCCCGCUGGGCACGCGCCGCGCCCAGCCCCGGCUGGAGUGCAACGGCCACCGGAACAGGGCUCACACCAGCUGCAGCAGCCGAAGCAUGGGCGAGGACGUGCCUUGGAGGCGCCGGUAAGUUCACGAUUUUUGACGCCUGCUGCUGCGUCUUCCUUCGUCUCGUUGCUGGAGGCCGGCGCGGCACUGACCACGACCACUGCGGCACACCUGGAGCUUUUGGCGUUAUUGUACGACGCUGCCGUCGCAUCUGUCGUGAAUGCGCUUGUACGUAUUGCAACUUCACCGCAUUCAUCUUCGUCUCCUCCUCCUCAUCCUGUCGCUUCCGUCGUGAAUUCGGGAGUUACUUGCAGUCACCGCCACGAGUCUGCAACGUUGAUGCGGGGGCAGAUGGAUGUAUCUGGGUUCUUGUUGGCACGCUGGAGUUUUGGACAGAGACUUGCGUUGGCGUUGGAGCGGCUUGGGGUGCCGCCAUCGCUAGAUCUUGUGGAGGGUCUUGCACGCGAGGGUUUGCGUCAGUUUCCCACACGUGCCGUUAUCGCUGGGCAACGGUGCGGGGCGUUUGAGGGGGUAACGUUGUCGUUGCUGCUCCGCCAUCAGCCGUCGCUGGCGGCGCUGCUGCGGAAGCACGUCGUCGCGUUUGCCCCGCAGUUGAGCCACGAGUUGGGCCUCAUCUCCGCCCCUGCUGCCCGCCCGCUGCAUGACAUUGUGACGCCGGCGGAGGAGCAGGCGUUGACGGAAACCAUUCGGCAGGCGCUGUACGGCGACACCGCCAUGCACCGGGCCGCAGCAACAACGCCGUCCUUCCCCAGCCGGAGCGGCUACAGGGACGCCGGCUCCCCUACCCUGGCGCUGCAGCCCGCCCAUCUGCCGCGGUUGCAGGCACGUAUGCUGUUUUUGCACCUUCUCACGCAUGCCACAGUGACGCCGCAAGAAGUGACACUUCCAUGCGAGGGCGUUGCGGGGGCCUUCACGCAAACCGCACCGCCAUGCGAACAGAAACGGCACGUCAUGGCCGUGCUGGACCCGGCACCGUACUUGCAGCGCGGCGAUGAGGGGAGCAUCCCGUAUGAAACGGAGUUUGCCUCACCCUUCCCACCCUUUCAGCGGUGGUGGAGGCAGCGACGCCAGCGGGGUUCCGCGACGCGAAAUCCCAAGCAUGGCUUCACCUGGUGCAGCAUGAAUAUCGCAAACAGCCGCAACAGCAAACUCCUCUUUACGACACCGCCAUCGUCAUCGGCGUCGUGCGUACAUUUACCGCCAUCAAUUGACAUGGCUGACGACGAUGCAGGUGGUGAGAAGCGUAACCGGCCUGCUGCGACCUCCAUCAUACACCGCCCCAGCGAAGUGAUCACGCAUGAAGGAUGCAGCGAGGAACUGCAGCGGGAGGUGCCAGUCGCGUUGGCCACGCCGCCGUCUGCGCCUGUAGACUCGUCCUUCUCCACUUUGGCGCCGGGUGUGGGUUUGCCACUUAACGAAAAACAUAAACCAGACAUGCUUAGAGGCACUAUCUCCCUCGUGUCUCUAUGCGAGCCAUCUUUGGCUUGGAGUGAGGCCGAAGACGGUGGGAUGCGAGACACCCAUGUGGAAUCGCAGGAGACGGCAGCAGCAGAUGCCACGGCGCUUCUCCCGCUACUGCUCGCCGCAACCCCGCUGGGAUACACUAUCGCGAAGGAGCGGGCGAGGGCGGCCAUGGCCGUCGUGCUCGACCCGUUCUUUAAGGGGGACUGA